CACGCGUACAGUUCCUACGCAGCAGCGGCGCAUCAACUGCAGCAGCAGCAAAUGCAUCCGGGGCAAGCCAGUAGGGUCUAUCCACUCCCGCAGCGCGGUGCGCAUGAACAAUCGUUUCCGGCUGCGCCUGGCUUUUCCAUGGAUCCAGUGACGGCUUCAGUGUGGGGUCCAGAGGAGAUGUGGAGUGCCUACAGCACGCCCAUUCGGAAUAGCGGUACGUCGUGGGCAACUGCGGUAGCAGAUCUUUCUACAGGGCAUGCGGCCUAUGCCACAGGGACCUCUUACGCAUUUGGAACCGAAGCCGCGAAUCCUGCCAGUGCAUCUGCAACGAGCAAAGGCGGAGCAGGUCUAUCAGCUUCGUCUUCUAAGAGUGUCGGCGGAGCGGGAGGGGGACAACAUCAACAGGGAAGCGGAUCCUAUAACGCAGGAGGAUCAGCAGGUGCUUUACCGCCGUCAGCAACCAAUAUGGUAGGACAGCAAGGAACUCCACGUUACAACU